AUGGAAUCCCUAGUAACAACCUUUUUCUCUCUGGCGGAGUUGGUGGACUGGGACCAUGGCGCCCCUGCUUCUAUUGAGUGCGCAUACAGGAAAGAUGAUCAAAGCCGAUGCAAGGGUCGGAUAGCCAGGGAUAAUCUCAUUCUUGCCGGAUUACAGUUUGCGAGUCACUUCGAGAUCUUCACUGGCGCUUCUGGCGGAUGCGCCCCGGAAUCUCCGCAGUUCAAAAUCUUGCAGAAUCUCGCCAGCAUCUAUAUUUGUCAUUUCCACAAGAAGCACGAGUCCCAGGCCAUAGAACAGUGGCGGAAGGAACUCGAUGUACGGGGGAAUUCUACGGGAAUAAAGCCGGAUGAAGAAGAGAAUCCAUUCGAGGAAGAAGGGGUUUCGGUGCUUUCGAAUCAAUCAUUGCCAAUCAAGACUUUACGCCGUGCAAUGACCAUGGAAGACGAGGCAGUGGCUAAGAACGUCACCUGGCUUUUGAAGCAACCUCUUGAUGGCCCGAGGAGUCAGAAAUCCGGGUAUAUCUAUGUUAUAUCCCCUCCGGGCCUUUCUGGAAUGUUCAAAAUCGGAUAUACCUUGGAACAUCCCAAGCUCGGUCGGCUCGACAAACACAACGACUGUUACGGCGUAACCAAACCCAUCGCGACAGAGUACACCCAGUAUGCUUAUCGCGUGGAGCAACUACUGCUAGCAGAAUUCUCCAACAAUCAUCAUCAGCUUGAGGUUCGCUGUCAGAAGUGCGACUACUCUCACAGAGAGCUGCUUCGCAUUGACCAGAAAACCCUAAUAAGGAGCUUGAAGAAAUGGGUUGCCUUCAUCAAGCUUCCAGCGUAUGACACGUCAGGCUUACUUCUGACUGAAGCUCAGUCGGGGCUCCCUCGUCCUGCCUUAAAACAAUUCCUCGGCUGCGAGCGACCCAAGCGUGGGAGCCCUGGAGGCCCGAAUUCAACGAAGAAAGGAGAAAGCCAGGAGUUCUACACCGCGCCUCUGCGGCCUUUGGACUUUGAGGCUCCCACCUCAACCAAGAAGUAUUCGGAGGUUAAAGAGGUCGUAAAACCAGAUGAGAUAUGUUCGGAUGUCGAGAAUCUUCACCUCACGCCUUCCAAGUCGGCCAACAGACGAAAGAGGAGGUAG